AUAGCAACGAUAUAAACAAGAUGGCGGAUGGAAAGAAAUAUAGAAUUAAAAAGCCUCCAAAAGCUUCGAAUAGAGAAAAAACAUUUGAUAGUGUUACAUCGGAUAUUGACGAAGAUAGAUUACAGAUGAGAAAUGAGCGUCACUUGCAAGUCUAUAAGCAAGCUUACAAAUUAAGAGAUCAUUACUACUCAGAAUAUAUGGAAGUAUUAAGGGAAAAAAUUGAAAAGCAAAGAGAAGAGAUUAAAAUUAGGGAGCAAGAGAAUCAAAACAAGAUGAGAAUAAGAGAGAAGAAGGAGAAAGAUAAGUCUAUGAAGAGAAGAAAAAAAAUGACAAGAGUUGAACUAAACACCGACGACAAUUUCCUGAAAUCUAUAGAAAAGUCUGAGUAUUAUAAAAGUCUCUAUCUUCUUGAUAGAUUGAAGAAAAAAAAAUUAAUACGAUGUCAAGAGGAUGUUGAAGAAUUUUGGAAAACCGCUAAAACUGCUGAAGGCUAUGAAAGAUAUAAAAACCUUCUUACGAAUAAAGAAAGAGUUAAAGAGGAGCCAAAAGAAGUCUUCCCUCCCGUGAAUUACGAAAAUAGACCAAUGUCAGAUAUAAAAGAGAGUAGAGAUACAGUUAGAAGACCCCCUUCAACAAAAAGUUCAAGUUCUCAUAAAUAUAUGGAACCUUGGCAAAUAGCCCGAGUGAAAGCUAAAGAAUUAGAAGAAGAACAUCCUCCAAUACCACUUCCUCCUUUAAAUUGUUAUACAAUGGAAUUAGGUGAUAAACCAAAACCACCGGAACAGGUAAUCCGGGAAAUGAAUAUGAGUAAAAGGGAAACGGAAAGAAAAGGAUUUGUCAAGAGAUUAAGGUCUAUGUACAAACUUGCCAUCUCAAAUACAGCGUCAACAAGAAGACUUUUUGAUAGGCACGAUGGCGAAUUAGACGAUAGAGAGAGUUUAAAUGUAAAAGAGCUACUGGAUUAUAUGACUGAUAGUCAGAAAAGGGUUGCAUCUCAAAAAGACCUGGAAGUGAAUGACAGACAAAUUGACUUGGAAUGGAAGAGGCACUUAGCAAAAAGAAUAGAACCUGUUGUAAAAGAAGAUAAUUUGAAGUCUGCGUCACUUCAAGUAGUAUUCGAAGAAGAAAAUGAAUUUAGUGAACCUAUAGAAGAGAAAGAAAUAGAAAUAGGAGACGAAUUAAUUAAAGUACCUUUAUCUUUAGAUUCCGUACCGAAUUACGGAGGUAAAAUUAUUGUAAGUAUUACUUCCAUUCUCUAUGAUUUAAAUUAUUUGCUCUUAUUUGCUCUUCAUCAAAUAAACAACAUAUAUAUGACUUUAAUGAAAUAAUCUAAUAGGAGGCGAAAUGUUUGAGUACCCUAUGGAAGAAUCCUGUGGAACCAAAUUCAGAAGAAGAUGCUAAAGAAAUUGUUAAAAUGAUUAAAAAUAAACCUGACUGGAUAGAAAUAUCACGUCUAAGUUUCCCAACUGCCUAAAAUAGGAGUGGGCUCAUUUACUCUUUAUUAAUACUUAAUAAUGUCAAUUAUCUUAUUAUAAAAAGAUAGGUAUGUGUUUAUGAGCUGUAAAAUUUGAUAAAUUACUCGCCUCGUUAAAAUUUAUCUUACUAUCAUAGAUAUUUAAAUAUUUUUGGGUUAUUUACAACUCAAAAAAGUUCCUUUUUUUUGUAUUUUAAUUAUUUAGAAACGUUCAUAAG